AUGAAUAUCAAAUACCUACCAAUCGUAUCGCCCUUGAGCCGCUUGAACGCCAUGAACAUUUUGAUAUGCCCAUCAGGCUUCAAGGAAAGCCUUGAACCUCAAACUGCGGCGGAUUGUAUUGAAGCCGGGAUUCUGCGAGUAGUCCCGAACGCCCAAAUCACAAAAGCACCCUUUGUGGAUGGCGGUGAAGGAUUCGUGAAAGUUCUUGUUGCUGCAAUGAAUGGCGAUCUAAAAUAUCUUACCGUUAUGGGGCCGAUUGGAAAACCUGUCGAGUCCUAUUUUGGUUUUCUGGGGGGCACCCGGCCAAGGACUGCAGUCAUUGAAAUGGCAGCGGCAGCUGGCCUCCGAUUGGUACCUCACAGUCAUCGUGACCCUACGACAACCACCACUUUUGGAGUCGGCCAGACAAUUGUUGCAGCGCUUGAAGCAGGGGCGGAGCAUAUAUUCCUUGGCUGCGGCGACUCCGGUACUUGUGAUGGAGGUGUUGGCAUGGCCCAAGCGUUGGGCGUGAGGUUUUUCGACGACCAAGGACAUGAGAUCCCAGUCGCUUCUGGAGGACGGGCUUUGGGCAAUCUUGCUUCGGUGGACCUCACAAAUCUCCACCCACGCUUGAAAGAGGUCAAUAUUGAUGUUGCAUGUAAUUGGAGCAAUGUUCUUUGCGGACCGCAAGGUGUUGCUCGAGUGUUCGGGCCCCAGAAAGGAGCAGAUCAAGAAGCCGUCGAACAAUUAUCUUCUGCAAUGGAUAACUGCGCAAGGGCUUUCAGUCAGGCUCUUGGACAUGAAAUUACACAAGCACCAGGCUCAGGAGCAUCUGGUGGCCUCGGUGCGGGUUUGCUGCUUGUUGGAGCUCGGUUGCAUCCAAGAUACGAUAUCGUCACCAAAUUCCUUCAGAUCGACAAACACUUUGAGUUGUGUGACCUGGUCUUCACUGCAGAAGGUGGCUUGGAUUACCAAACACCUCAAGGGAAAAUCCCUGCGGAAGUAGCAAUGCGUGCAAAGAAGCGUGGCUUACCUGUCAUUGCUCUCGCAGGAACUAUAGGCCAACAAGCGGACGUCAAUUAUGAGAUCGGCAUUGAUGCAUUCGCGAGUAUCAUGCAAAGACCAACAUCCCUCGAAGCUGCCAUAGCUGGAGCAGAGACGCUGUUGCAAGACAGCGCGGAAUCGGCAAUGAGGAUGAUCAUGGUUGGUAGGGGUUUGAUGGCAGGUCAGAACGCGCUUGAGGUGGCGAAGAAGCCCUGGACCGAAGUUGCAGCUCUUUAG